UCUAAUGAUGUCAUGAGCACGUCUCCUCUUGCAGAGCCGAGUCACAGGCUCCUUGGCGCUGCCAACAAAACAGAUACGCCGCUCAUUAUCUGUUUUCACGGCUCUGGGGAGUCCUGCGAGCCGUCAUGGAACGGACUCGCUCAUCUACUCGAAUCAAGAUAUCGCAUCCUUCUUUUCGAGAGGGGACCGCAUAACCCGAAUCCCACCCAAGCGACUUCCCACCUCCUCGACUUUCUCAAAGCCCAGAACCUAGCCGGUCCCUACGUACUGGUAGCCCACUCUUACGGUGGAGCUUUUGCGCGGACUUUCAUGCAUCGAGUGCUCAAAAGUGUUGCGGGUGUAGUUCUCGUUGAGACUGGCCAGGAAGGCGGAUUGGAUCCCAAAAUCGCGGCCGCUCAGACGCGGAAGCGCAUAUUAGGGCAAACUCCCCUCUGUGUCAUUCGGGGCAAUUCUUUCAUCCAUAAACAGAAGUCUCUAGAGGCCGAGGAAAUCAGAGCAGUGUCAGAACAGCAAAGAGCUGCGUUCACGAUGCAGAGAACACUGUUAGAGGCAAGCGACAAGGAAGACGAGAGAAUGAAGAAAGAGCAAUUGCAACUUUCCAGGAAUGCAAGAUACAUUCAUAUUCCAGAUUGUGGUCACCACGUUAUUCGAGAUCGACCAGAAGCCGUCGCUGAUGAGGUUGAUUGGGUGGUAAGCGGUGCUUUGAUUGCUAGUGUUUCGUCGUGGUGGCAAAAGCUCGCAAUGAAGCUAGAAUGGGUUGUGAGAUGA